AAAAAAAAAAAGAUUUCUUUUUAGGUUAGAAAUAGUAUUUCGAAAACAAAUACAUUUAUUUAUCAGAAAACUAAAAUGUCGCUCCUGUUUCGUAAAAUAGCACAGAGCAAUCCAAGAAACCUAAUCACCGACGCACAAAUACUGGUCAUAUCAUGCCGUAAACUGAGCCUGGUUCCAUCCUUGUAUGAUGGAGAACAAGAUCCAGCUCCCAAGUUUUUCUCAUCAAAUGUCCAGGUGUUGUUGAAACGAUUGACUCGACCAGAUUACAAUAAAGUAUUUCGCAAAAGGACUAACCAGGGGCUAACCAUCCUUAAAACACCAACCUACAAAUUCUUGACGAACGAGGAACUUGAAGAGGAAAUUGCUAAAGCAAAUGAAAGAGCUGAUAGAUUACUACAAAUGCCUCCAGUUGUUAAGGUCCAACAGCACAUCGAUGAUGUUCUAUCUAAAGACCCUGCCCUUAUGGGGUAUGAUACAGCCAAGUUCAUGUUCACAGACAUCACAUUUGGUGUGGCUAAUGAAAAUAGAUUGAUUGUUGAACGUGAUCCUGAUGGCACUCUUCGUAGCUGUGAUCAUGAUGUUAGGAAAAGAUUAAAUCAGGUAUAUUUCCCGCUCAACGGCCGCAAGCUCCGUGAACCAGUGAUGUUCAGUGAUCUAGAGAAGUUCAACAGCCUGCUAGACAGAGAGAAGUACGAGUUUGUGCUGGACCGCGCGUGUGUGCAGUAUGAGCCUGACGAACCUUCGUACCAGAGAGUCACCAGUAUGACAUACCAGCAUCUUGAUAGCUACAGCAAAUAUGAGCUUUUAAGGUCAACCCGUCACUUCGGCCCGCUGGUAUUCUACCUGACUUGGCACCAGAGCAUGGACAAGUUAAUGCUGGAGUUACUGCAGAGUGGCGCAGUACGAGAGGCAGUGCUACUGGUAGCGUUGAGACAGGCCUUACACGCUGAUGUGCCUAACGGAGAAGUUGCUGAUUCUAUAGUGCAGCAAAUACUGGCAACACCAAUACAACUAACGAAAUCGGAGAAUCUAACCGAAGCCGACAUCCAGUUAGAUACGAAAUGCGUAGAAUGUAUAGAGAAGUACAUCGCUAGCAACUCUUCAAUGAAGAGCCAGCAAGAGUUAGCGCUCCAAGGCUUCAGGGAACAUUAUCAACAGCUCAUAGAACUUAGCAGAGGACUGAAGAAGGCGCAUGGAAAACUUUGAAGCAUUUAUCAUAAAAACAGUACAUAAAUAGCCCUUUGCAAAACCAAAAUUCAUUGAUAUCUGUCACUUGUUAAAAGGAAGAUAGGUGGAAUGCUGUUUUAAAGUUUUAAGUUCUAAUUGUAUUUAGUGCAUUUUUGUGCAAUUAAAAAUAAAUGUAUAGUUAAGUU